AAAACGUGAGCUACAAACCAGAAAGUAAAGAAGUCCAGAGAGCAAAACCAGUCCAUAGAAACAACUCCUGCGAACAAACUAACCGCGCAUUCCAAUCGACAGGGGAGAGAUUAUUUGAUUGAGAAACCUUCAAAACCCUACUUUCCCCCAUUUCUCUUCGCGCUCUUAAUCUCACGUUGCUGAAUCCCUAGAUCAAAUGGCGGAAGAGCCAGCAUCCCCGUCGCCGGCUGCGGCUCCGCCGCUGGGCUCGUCGGUGAUUCCCGUGGUUAACAAGCUCCAGGACAUAUUUGCCCAGCUCGGGAGCCAGUCCUCGAUAGAGCUGCCCCAGGUGGCGGUGGUCGGCAGCCAGAGCAGCGGCAAGUCGAGCGUGCUCGAGGCGCUGGUCGGGAGGGAUUUCCUGCCUCGCGGGAACGAAAUCUGCACGCGCCGGCCGCUGGUUCUGCAGCUGGUGCAGACGAAGAAGAAGGGCGACGGGAGCGAGGAAGAGUGGGGGGAGUUCCUCCAUCGGCCUGACAAGCGGUUCUACGACUUCUCCGAGAUCCGGAGUGAAAUCGAGGCUGUAACAGCUAGAGAAGCGGGAGAGAACAAAGGUGUCUCGGACAAGCAGAUCCGUUUGAAGAUUUUCUCCCCUAAUGUUCUUGAUAUCACACUUGUUGAUCUUCCUGGGAUAACAAAAGUUCCUGUCGGUGACCAGCCCACUGAUAUUGAAUCUAGAAUCAGAACAAUGAUCAUGUCGUACAUAAAAAAGCCAAGCUGUCUUAUACUCGCUGUUACUGCUGCAAAUGCGGAUUUGGCAAACUCGGAUGCUCUUCAAGUUGCAGGAGUUGCUGAUCCUGAUGGUUACCGGACCAUAGGUAUAAUAACAAAGGUGGCAUUCUUACUUUAUUUUACUUAUCAUUUCAGAGCGGUGUGUUAUAUAUUUGUUGUCAAAUUUAACAUUUAUUUCCCCACCCAGUUGGAUAUCAUGGAUAGAGGUACUGAUGCCCGCAAUUUGUUACUCGGAAAAGUGAUUCCCCUGCGACUUGGUUAUGUAGGCGUUGUGAAUCGUAGUCAAGAGGUAAUCAUGGCUGAAUAUGGAUGUCUUUUACUGGUUUACUUGCAAGCGGAGAAAGACAUUAAUCUCAACCGAAGUAUUAAGGAUGCAUUAGCAGCAGAAGAGAAGUUUUUUCGCAGCCAUCCAGUUUACAGCACUGUAGCUGAUCGUUGUGGUGUUCCUCAGCUUGCAAAGAAAUUGAACAAUAUCUUAGUGCAGCAUAUUAAAGCAAUACUUCCUGGGUUGAAGUCUCGCAUUAGUGAUGCUCUUGUGAGUGUCGCAAAGGAACAUUCAAGCUAUGGAGAAAUCACUGAAUCUAAGGCUGGUCAAGGGGCUCUCGUGUUGAACAUAAUCUCAAAAUACUAUGAAGCUUUUGCUUCGAUGCUAGAAGGAAGAAAUGAAGAAUUGUCAACUUCCCAGCUCUCAGGCGUAGCAUUUAUUGAAUAUGUUUUCCAGUCAAUUUUUGUCCGAACUUUAGAGGAGGUUGAUCCUUGUGAGGAUUUGACAGAUGAUGACAUUCGUAUUGCCAUUCAAAAUGCUUGUGGUCCCAAAUCGUCAAUAUUUGUAGCAGUUGUGCCAUUUGAACUUCUUGUACGUCGGCAAAUUGCUCGUUUGCUGGAUCCGAGCCUUGAAUGUGCCAGGUUCAUAUAUGACGAGUUAAUAAAGAUUAGCCAUCGGUGUCUAGUGGCGGUAGAUGAACUACACCGGUUUCCUGUUCUAAGAAAACGCAUGGAUGAAGUUGUUGGGAACUUUUUACGUGAUGGUCUUGAACCUUCGGAGACCAUGAUCGGUCAUCUUAUAGAAACAGAGAUGGACUACAUAAACACGUCCCACCCAAGUUUUAUUGGAGGGACUAAGGCUGUGGAAGUUGCAGCACAACAAUUGAAGACUUCGAGACUGAGCAUCCCUGCCUCGAGGCAAAAGGACGGUGUAGAAGGUGAUAAAGCACCAGCAUCUGAAAGGACCCUAAAAUCUCGUGCUAUUAUUGGCAAGCCUGUUAAUGGAGUUAUGCCUGAUCAGGCAAGAACAGGGGUACGCCAGGUAGCAGAUGCUGAGAAGGUUGGGCCCUCUGGGAACCAUAGUGGAUCUUCUUGGGGCAUUUCAUCAAUUUUUGGCGGAAGUGAUAGUUCCCUUAGUCUUUCCAAGGACAGUUCAACAAGCAAAGCACAUAUUGAGCCUACUCACGGAAAUGACUAUUUGGACAAGAGUAGCAGCUCUGUUAUCCGAUUGAAAGAGCCUCCAACAAUCUUGAGACCUACAGAAGGCCUUUCUGAGCAGGAGUCUAUUGAAAUUACAGCCAUUAAGUUGCUAUUGCGAUCAUACUAUGAUAUUGUUCGGAGGAACAUUUCAGAUUUAGUGCCUAAAACCGUCAUGCACUUUCUUGUUCAGCAUGCGAAACGUGAGUUGCACAACAUUCUGAUUAAAAAGCUUUACAGAGAGAAUCUCUUUGAAGAGGUGCUACAAGAGCCCGACGAGAUCGCACAGAAGCGAAAGCGGACGAGAGAAACACUCAAAGUCCUCCAACAAGCUUUCCGGACACUGGAAGAACUGCCAUUGGAAGCUGAGUCACUCGAAAGGGGACACAGCACGGUUGCUGAUACAAUCGGUUUGCCUAGAGUUCGAACAACCACGAGCUCGAACGGGUAUCACUCUUCUCCGAGUAAUCCAAGGUCGAGGAAGUCCUCCCACUCCGGCGAGCUACUGCAAUCACAUUCUUCCACCGGUGUUGAUUCGAAUGGGAGCAGCAGCAGCGGUGUUUACAUGCCAGGUCUCUAUCCUUGGGAAUAAGUUUUUGCCUUGUUGUUGGUGGGUUUCCAUUGUCAGCCAGCAAGAUAGAGAGGGGUAUUUGUGUAAAUUAAUUAUGGUUCUGAGAUUUGUUUGUCGAAUUCCCAUAAGGAAUAGGUGACGUGAUCGAGGGGUUAUCGGAGACACAAAUUGUAGUUUCCACUGUAUUGUUAUCGACAUUGAUGCUUUAAUCUGGCAGGGCUGUGAUCUUGUCUAGGGUAUUCUAUUUUCAUGGUGAGACAAGCAGGCCUUUCACUUCUGAAUUUUGUAGGAUUAACAGCCUCUAAUUUAUCUCGAAUUGAUCAAUCACAAUUGUGAUUAAUUAUCUAUUUGUGUUCUUCUUUGGAUGAUAGCGGGGAUGAGUGCAAAUGACUUGUAUGUUAAACUCGAGAAACGAUUCUUCAACUAGUCAUUGACUAACAUUUAUAAUAAAUUAUCGUAAAUUUGUAAUA